CUGCUGAGGUGAGCUAUUUAGUGGCUGAUAUUUUGGGAGGGAGGGAAGAGCAAGGCAAUCUAUCGCUGCCGGAGCGCACGGCGAGCUUCCAUUUUUACGCACCGAGGCAUCCAGAGCCCCGCCGAAGCCGCGACCGACGACGUAUCGCUGUACAGGCAUUCCUCUAUCGGCGAGGCUGUAGCGAUUUGAAGAGGCACGACGCAAGCUGCUCUUUCAUCUCGUCAGCUUUGAGGAGGAGGCGGCGAGGGACCAGGGGUGUCCCCCCCGUUUGCGUGUAACUCCGUGCGUGUGCUUGCGUGUGUUUGUGUGCGUUCGGAUCAAGAGAGAGGAGAGAGAGAGAGAGAUACGAGGGUAAAACAGAUCGGACGCGCGGCAUAGGAGACAGCUGCUUUUGGACACGUUUUGGACACAGAAGCUGAUCGACCGCAAAGGCUGCACACGGAAAAAUAAUAGAAACAAAACUUACUCUGCGUCACUUCUCCCGUCCAUUAUUAUUUUGGGUUAUUUUUUUGAUUUUUUUUAAACCCGUAUUAUCAGUAUUAAUUCGGGGAGGGUUUUUUUUUUAGCAUCUCCCAGUCUGCUGGAGUUUUGCCGCCGAAGGACGCACCUCGGGACUUAGACGCAGACGUCUCCCUCACUUCUUUCUGCGGGACAUGGGCGCAUCUGACGCCAAACAGCGGUAGACGGAAGGCUCGGAGCUGGUGUCUUCGUUUCCUUCUAUCGCUUUCAGAGUGGACCGACUUUUGAAAGAGCGUGUUUUUUUCUCUAUCUGGGCCUAAAGCCGACGUGUUUAAAGGUCCUUUUUUGCUUCCGGCAACAGCGAAGAGACUAAGUCUUCCUCCCUCAUCUCUCACUCCCUCUCUCACUUUUUUGGAAGCUGAACUUUUAAAGGAAAAUGGGGCAUUGAGAGGGUUGGCAGAUCUCCCCACGCUAUAAUGGCUACUGACACCUACCUGGUGAACGACGAUCCCACUAGAGGCCCAGGGAUGCCUGAAUGUUUCCUCGUGUCUGAUACAUAUAGGGAUGAAUUCCACCCCUUCAUCGAGGCCCUUCUGCCCCAUGUCCGCGCCUUCGCCUACACCUGGUUCAACCUGCAGGCCCGCAAGCGUAAAUACUUCAAAAAGCACGAGAAGCGCAUGUCCAAGGAGGAAGAGCGUGCAGUGAAGGAUGAACUGCUGGGAGAGAAGCCAGAGAUCAAGCAGAAGUGGGCUUCACGCCUGUUGGCCAAGCUCCGCAAGGACAUCCGGCCUGAGUUCCGUGAGGACUUUGUGCUCACCAUCACGGGCAAAAAGCCCCCCUGCUGCGUGCUGUCCAACCCCGACCAGAAGGGCAAAAUACGUCGCAUCGACUGCCUGCGCCAGGCUGACAAGGUGUGGCGGCUGGACCUGGUGAUGGUCAUCCUGUUUAAGGGCAGCCCCUUGGAGAGCACGGACGGAGAACGACUGGUCAAGUCACCGCAGUGCACCAACCCUGGCCUGUGCGUCCAGCCACACCACAUCGGAGUGUCCGUCAAGGAGCUGGACCUCUACCUGGCCUACUUCGUCCACACGCCAGGUAUGUGAGAAACUGGACAUCAGACACUAAUUGAGAGGGAUGCCAGCACGUAAACACUCACCACAUGUAAUCAUGUCGGUGUGCUUUUAGGAUCGCACUAACAUUUUAACAAUUUGAAACACAACACACUAUAAUUUGCAAUAUAGUAAAAUAUAGAAAAUGACAAAAAACAUAAAAAGAAUAACGUAAAAGUAAAAAUAUUCAGAGACAUAAUAAAACCCUUUUUACUACUACGGAGGGAACGUUAAAGUAAUAACUAAGCAGUUAAAAGGUAAGAAAAAAAUAAUAAAGUAAAGAUUUAUCUCUCAGAUUAACAAAGUGAAAGUCCCUGCUUGCUUUUGUUCCCACAGAAAACAGCGGGUACGUUUUUGUUCUUUUAAUAUUUUUCUUUUCUUCAUCUGUUUCUUGGGGUUUGUUUACAUGACAACGUAGUAUCAACAGUAAUAAAAAAGAAUUUGUUAGUGUGUGUCAGGGGCAUACGUCCAGCGUGCUCUGGCAAGUAAGCGUUCAUUAUUCUGAGCGAGGCAUUUGCGGCUUCAUAUGAGCAUGUAUUUUGUGUGUGUGUGUGUUUUGUUUUUUUCCUAGGAAAGAAUUUGCAUGCUUGUGUGUGUCUGUGUGUGUUUGAGUGACUGUUUUUUUAUGAGAUGAAAUUUCUGUGUUUUUUGCGCAAUGAAUUUUGCACAAAGAAGAGUCACUGUUUAUAGUAUUGUACACAGUCUGUCGAGGUAUAUCUGCCAUGGUAAGGCCAUUGUAGCCAGAAAUCAUCAUUUGGCCGCAGCCCAGGUUGUGUGUGUGCUUGUGUAUUUAUGUGUGUGUGUAUGUGUGUGAGAGAGAGAGAGAAAGCGAACAGAGCCGUGAGCCUCCUGCUCUCAGGCCGCAGGCUGCUGCCGCCUUCACCGUCUGCCUGAACGUUAGCACCACGUUGGACCUGGCUGCCAAACUCACACUCACACACAAAACGCCAAUGCUCAAAGACAGCCAGUACUAUUGCAGCCACCUUCACACCCAUACACACACAUACAAACACAGCUAAAUAAAGAUACACACACACUCUUUUUAAAAAAAAAGGAAAAAAGAAAAGAAAAACAACUCUGUCAUCUCUGCAGCGCACUUUCACACGUAAAGGCAAACACGGUUUUAGUCACGAUUGCGUACACACACCCACACAGCACACACGUUCGGCCAAGGACUAUCACAGAUACAGUUUAAUACAGCCAAACAUUGUUGUAUCGCAGCCACCAUCAUGGAUACACACACUCACACCCGGCCAAACAUCACUAUAGCCUCCAGUGCGCAUACUCCUCACACACACAGCCAAAACACUGGCUGUGUUGUAGUUUUCCCCCCCACAUUGCAAAAAAAAAAAAAAACUGUCAGAGAAGCCACACACACGCAGACACACACACACAUAAUAUAUCUCACAGCCAAAUCUUUCAAAUACACACUGCUUAACCAUUUGCUGGCUACAUAUACAAACACACACUCAUGACCUAAUAUUAUGUCAGCUGGAAUUUUCUGGAAAUUUCAAACAGUGACUCAACCCGCACAUAUAUAUACAGCAUAUCCCAAUCACUGUCCAAAUACACACACACACACACACGCGCGCGCUCGUGUCUGCCGAGGCACAACUCUUACACUGGGCAUUAACAUUACUCUAGCCAAAUGCUAUCAUAGGUGAUCCUUAGGCUCUCUCUCUCUGAGACACACACACACACACACACACACACACACACACACACACACACACGCAAAAUAUCAAUCCAGGCCAAAUAACUCACAGCCUGAGCCAAACCCUGGCAGCAGUUCCAGCUUCACUUUGUUGGUCUCUCUGUGGCGGUAAUAAACCAUAGGUUGCGGACAUAUUAGAGCAUACUGAGAGAAUAUCAACAGUGUUUGGGUUUUUGUUUUUGUAGAUGUAAUUGAUUGUAUUUUUUUUAAAUUUAUAAUCAAAUUUAAUCACGAAAAAAAUGUCUCUUAUAAAGAUUUAUUGGUAUACUGGUGCAUUUCGGGUCAGUUCUGUUUUACGCAAAUGAAAAUGUCUCCCCUUGUAAAUUUUGCAAAAUUAGUUUAAUCAUAAAAUGAAAACUAAAUCAAAUGGCACGCAUAUUUUAAGAGGUUAUUUUUAAUCUUUCAAAUAUUUUAAAUUCAUGGAGAAAGCAAAAUGGCAUGCUGGACAAAGGAAUAAAGGAACACACCAAUGAACAACAGAAAAUAUUUUAUUCAUGGUGUAAUUCUGUGUAUAUUAGUUUAAGUAAUUGAAGCUGCUUGGGUUUAAAACCGAGUGUGUAAAGGUUGCUACAGAUGUUCUGAUGUGUCCGUACACACAAAUGUAAUUGAAUUGCACUAAAUUUCCUUUACCUGUACUGAUGACGUCAGCCGUCCAAUUUUCGGGUUCUUGGCAUGUAUUCAUCACCGCAGCACUUAGUUUUACAACAGUAUAGUAAAACACGUGACUACUUGGAGGCCCUUCCCAGUGCGCUGCCCAUUCAUAAUGUCGGCUUACUGGAUACUUUGUCUUAUCUUAUCUGACUAAUACAAUAUAUAAUUAUACAAUAGUGUGCCUCAGCACUUUUAUCUUAUUCCAAAGAGCCGAUUUUCACUUUAAGUCCUUGUUGGAGAGCUGCUUUGGGGUCUACACCAAGUGCAAACUUUCCGUGAGGUCAGCACACUUGUCUUUCCUUUGCUUUUAACUCACAUUUAGGAAAUGGGCAUCAAGGCCUUCCGUUUCUCUGUUGCACUCAUCUGUUACAGUGAUGUGUGGUUGUGUGUUUUCCUUUUCCACUCACUUGCACAGUGAAUGACAAGAUGUGCUCAUUGUUUGUUUUUGUUUGGUUUGUAUUUUGUCGGUCUUUAGCAUCUCUGUCUUCCUCGCUCCUCUUUGAUCCCGUGCACACUUUUGUUUUGUCUCCUUAAACAUCGCCUUCAUUGUUGCUCUCACAGAGGUAAAGCCUCCGCUGAUCUCUUUUGUUUAUAUUGUAGGAGACUCGGAGAGAGAGUGAGGGAGAGAGAGCACGUUGGGAAGCAGAAGAGGCUACAAUAGUGAUUGUUCUGUUUGGCAGCACCCGGGCCCCGUUGGUGUGGGAAGAAGAGAAAGACGUCUUGUGUUUUGUUUAUGACAGAGUGGCAAAAGCUGCCACGGGGAAUCUCUGGGCUUGCCGUCAGGCUUUCUCAGACUGUUCUGCAGCCAGCCAGCCUUUGAGAUCCUCUCUGUUACAGAGCAUAACACACCGCAGCCGUAACAGAACAAACCACGAUGCCACAAUACAAAACCUUCUCCGCCUGUUUUCAGGCACCUCAGAUAAAGAGUAAAAAAAAAAAAGCAGACAGAGCAACAUGUCUUUGAAACUGAAUGACUUUGUAACUGAAAUGCUGGCAGAGAAAUAGAUGAGAGGGAAAGAGGGGCUGUGGUGCAGUACAGUGAGUAGUGUAUUUUUAGUGUUUAUUAAGAGUGAGUGACUGGUAUAUUAUAAUGGAGAUAGUGAUCUCUUGGCCCGGAAGUGCCAAGGGUCUGCCAGAGCACCGAACACUGCCAGUGUCCAGUUGAUAACCCAUGAAUGGAGCGCUUUGGAUAGGCUUACACGUACUUCACCGUACUAGCCUGGAUGUAGUUCUCACUUCUGUUACUCUGACUACUGCAUAGGUGGCUGCAGCUGUACACCAUCUGAGGAGAAGUUAUUGCUCCUCCUCACAGUAUUCAGUGGACUAUUUGAUUUAUAAUCUUUGGGCUGUUUUAGAUUAAACUCAGCACAUUUCUGAUUUAUUCGAGGUCGGAAAAAUAGAAGAUUAAAAAAAACAUUUGUCAGGUCCAAAGUUAGCUCUAUGCACUUAGUCAUAGCUUGGAAAGCAUUUUUCCAUCGUUUUAUUAUUUAUUUUCCCCUUUUUCUUUUGUACGCCGUAAGUGAGAUCAUGAAAAGAUGUUUCAAAUGUGUUUCCAAUCAAAAGUGCAGUACAGGAAAUUUGCAGUCACUCUGAGGGAGGUGUGAAAUGUGCUCGCCGUGCCAUUUCUGCCAUGACCGCUCCACACUCCACGCUCUGUAGUGCCAGAUCCCGCCUCUCUCUCACUAUAGCAGUAGUCAUGCCUUGGACAUUGCUGUGAGAAAGCCCAGAGAAGCCUUAGUGUUGUGGCCAGCCCCCCAGCCAAUUCACUGACCACAGCUAGGAUUCACAAAUAAAACCCUACUUGCGUUCAUCACUAUGCAAAACUCUAGAGUUUAUGGGGAUGAAAAAGGUAAUUAAAUGUGUGAGGAAAAAAGGUGAAAAAAUGUAGUAACAGGAAAGGGAGAGAAAAAGAGAAAGGAAUCCUGACACUCAGGAAUCACGUGAAUUGUUUGUGACAUCUUAAAAGUUAAAGGAAUACUCUGAUGGAUUCCACAGGUCUUCUUUUCCCCAUAGCUCGUUGUUUUUUCCCUGUGAAAAUAAUCUGUUGUUAAUUACUUCCUGGAUCUCCUCUCAGACUCCCAUGACAUCACAAGGUUUGAGUGGACUAUCCUUGUGUGCAAGCACAGCUUAGGAUGGCCGUCAGCAGUGAAGUUUUGAUUAAAUGAAAUCUUGACACUCGGGAGGGGGGGUCGGUUAGGUCUGAGGCUUUUCUGUUGUGUGUGUGGUGGGAACAGGGCCCACGUCGGCUAAGAAAAGCUCUCCACAUGCAGAGCAGCUUUGGCAUCAGCAAAUGUUUACUGAUGACUCUCGUUUAGUCGGGUCUUUUGCACAUCUCUGCCUUUCUGUCUGGCCUCAGGGACGCGUUGAGGUGGCUAUGUAUCAAAUCUAAAGGGUUAAGACGCAGGGAGAGCCCCGUCACAUUAGAGAGGCCGAGUGAGAGGGAGUCUUCUCACACUAUUCUUGGCUUCAGAAAAAAGUCUGUGUAUUUGGAUAGCUAUUGCUAUCCGUCUAGCCAAAGCCCUGUUGUGUACUCAUUCGUUCCAAAACACGCGCACACAUACACAGACGCGAGGCUAACAUUGGGGUGUCACAGACGCACAUAGAUUGAUCCAAAACCGCAGGGUCUGCAUUUAUCUCAUGAGACCAUGAUGACACAAGCUGACUCGAGGGAAAAUUAGAAAAACAAAAAAACACGAGAAAGGCGAGUCAAAGACAAUGUUGUUGUGUUUGGUGUCCCAUUAAAUUGACCAGUGACAACUGGCAUGCUCCUUGAUACGGUGCCUUUUGUCCUAGAAAAGCUCUCCGCUUUUUUUGGUUUUACAUAACGAUCAUAAGCCUCCAUUUCUUUGGCUGUGCCUGACUCGGGAGAGAGUAAAACCCAUGAACAAUUCUGGUCUACCCGCAUCUGUUUCCUUUUGUGUGAAGAGUUUCAGUGUCGGAGAUAUGCGGUAAAUAGAUUAUUCCAGUGAAAUUGGGAGGCCAUCACUAUGGUGGAGGAGACAAAUAAGACAGUUUGUGCUAUUUGGCUCUUUUACUGGUUUUUCUCAGAUGCCCUGUGUCUUUUUGAAUGAACCCAGCUGUCAGACUUUUUUUCUGCUCCCCAUGAGAAGAAGCACUGCAGCGUAAACGCAAAGCAGGUAGAGCAGCAGAAAAGCAAAAGGAAAUUUUCAGCGUUCUGUGGUUUUCAUGAUUAGGGGAAAAAACGUCUCAAAUUAAACAAUUUACAUUUCUUUGGAUACUAAUUGUGCAUAUCUUUUUUUCCUUAUAGUAUUUUAAUUUAUUGCAGUGCUCAUUUUAAAUUUACAACUACACAAUUUUAGAUUUCCACAAAUUAAAUUAACCUUUAAUUUAAAUUUUGGCCCAGUGGUGAUGUGUUCAAAAUAAUAUCUUGAAAUACAUUAUGCAAAUUAAAGUAAAUGUAUCUUUAUUAUUUUCACUAAUUUAAUAAUGUAACACAUUGUUGCUAUUUUUCCGCCUAAAUUACUCUUCGGACUGGCAUGUAAUACAUGCUUAGCAGUUUUUUGUUUAUUUGAAAGAAAAGACGAGUGUUUUCACACGCUGCCGAGCCUAGUCUAAUACCUACUGUUGAGAUUUAAUUGCACAUUAAAACACAGUAACGUUUGUUAAAUAAAAAUGGGUGUAGGCUAAGCCACGCCAUGCAGUGAUAAAAACUGCAUUCUUUACUUGAGCUGAGUGGGCUUUUUAACAUUUUUUAUUAGGAGAAAAACUAAAGUGUAAAAAAAGAAGGGGGGGGGCAAGAAAAAGAGAUGAAAAGAAAGAGGUUAUUGAGAAAAAAGAGAGUCAGAAGCAGCGAGGGGGAGGUAUUGUCUGUAUUAAUACUGUGUCUUCCCAGUGCCGGGUCUCUUUUCAGGCUUUUGUAGCGGCGCCAACCAUGAAAUGUGUCUGUCCCCAAAAACCAUAUACCCACUCAGGAGGGUUUCCCGACCUCAGAGAGACAGAGAGGAGGAGGAAGAGGAGGAGAAGGAGCAGGAGAAAGAGCGCUAUGGCCAAUGCUCAAUCUCAGACAGGCCAGCCAGAAAGGAGGGAGAGCCAGGGAACACGGCUUAUUCACCGGGCUGCACUCACAGCGAGGCCCUGGCAAAGGCUGCUGAGUCUGGCUAAUGGCAGUAUUCAGUGCCACACAGCAAUAGGCGUGCUAUAUUGCUGUGCUAUUGCAGUACUAUAACUCAGUACUGUGUUUCAAAUCCAAGGCACUAUUACUUAUGUUUCUGUUGUUUUUAUUAAAUUUUUCCCCGCAUAGUUAUUUUUCUUAAGAGAAGCGGUUUUGCUGAGUUUGUUUUGUUGAAUUAAAAGUUGGGUCAGUACCGAUUUAGAAAAAAGAAAUAAAAAUAUCAUCUAUUUCAUUUUAUUUUGCACAUGUGGGUUGAAGAAUAAUGAAAUUAUUAUGUGGGCGAAUUUAACACGGCAAAGGAGUCUAAUGUUGAAAGUGAGAGGAGUUGUGUCGGCGGUCGCUUUUGGCACGAUGCUAUCUCCCUGCAUGGAAGACGCCAAAUUUUCAUGAUAUUCCCUGCCAACCUCCUCCCUCUGAUCCUCUUUCUUCUCUUUUCUUUCCUUCGCUUGUUCCGCUUUUCUUUUAUUCCUCUUUAAGGUUCCAAUGAAUACCCUCCCCUAGCCUCAUUAACACCCUGGACUUCUAUUUGCAGCUACAAAAAAAUGUAAAAUAACUUGUAAGCACAAACAUUUUAGCACUCAAUAGGACCAUUUUUCUCAGUUUUAAUGAAAGCAGGCCAUCACACAUGUGGAGGCUUUGAACCUUGAUUUUUUUUUUUAGUGGCCAAAGAUGUUUUGUCACCAGUCAUUUUUUUAUAUUUCAAAUUACAGAAAAACCUUCAACACUCUUUAUGGUUAGUAUGUAAUGCCUUAGUUUAUUUUUACAUUUGUUUAUUUGUCAGUCAAAGUAUUUUUGUGUAUGCAGUCAGGCUGGAUUGCAGUUUAGUUUCCCUUCUGGAUAAAUGUAGUCCUUUCACUUUAUGAUAUUUGCUUAACUCAUUAUUUAAUUUGGUUGGUUAUUAUUUUCUGGUUAAAACAUCAUCACACUGAGAUGGUCCGUCUUUCCGAAAAAGCCGCUCUUAGAUGUUUGGAGGAAAAAGAACUUCAUGAAGGCUUCAUUUGAUGUUUGUUACACCGUGAGAAGGAGAGCAGUUUAGAGAAGACAGAAAGUGGGGUGGAGGGGGGUGGGGGUGAAUAAGUGAGCUAGCCGAGAAGCACAGCAAAAUGCAGAGAAUCAAAUUUGGCAUGCGUCUGUGUAAGCGAGUAAGCUUCAAAUCAGUUUGGACACAGAUCUAGGACACUAGACGUAGAGAAGAAAGCGGGAUGAAACGGGAUAGGGAACAACAUGGAAUUGGGAGCAGGCAUAGUGUGUAUAUUUUGUAUUUAUGUUGAGCAUAUAGGGGGUGUAGUUAAGGGGAGGAUGAGGGGGCUGGUGGAUGAGGAUGCGGUUUGUUGGGGAAAGGUGGUUGACGCGGGGGGUGUUUUGGUAGAGUGUCCCUCAAUGACGACUUGAAAAACAGGCCGGUAAAUAAAUGCGAGUGGCGGUAAACAAGGCUCGGCGCUUCAUCAAAAGACCCCAUUCAUCUGUGAACAGGAGAGUCUCUCUUUUCUCUGAGGAGACAGAAAAAGGAACCCACUGACGCUGACGAGAGGACGGCGCUUGUUUAGAUAACAGGAUGAGUUUGGAGUGAAAUGGCAUUAGUGUGUGUGUGUGUGUGUCUAUGUGUGCGUGUUCACGUUUGAGUUUGAGCGAGCUUGGAGGGGUGUGCAGAGCAGGUGGAAAGUGGACAGAGUCUCAGCGAGUGGAGUAAGGUGGGGGCAGAGAUAGUGUUUUGUUUUUUGUGUGUGUGUUUGUUCUUUAUCACUACCAUGGAUUCAGGAAAGGAUGGUGUUUUCAGGGGUUAGAAUUAAGGACUAAAGACGGUGUGUGUUUGUGUGUCUAGUACAAAGCAGUGUAGUGGGUGGUGGUGGGGGGUUCUUUUGGCAACGUUUAUGUGUGUAAGCACAGGCGUGCAUAUGUGUGAGAGUGCAUAUGUGCAUAUGUCUGCUCAUUAUACAUGGUUAUUUUUUCCAGACCAAGCACUAUGCUCUACUUUGCAUGAUUUACAGUACUAUGAGCCAAGCAGGCGUCUUUUUUUAGAUUCAGAGUUUGGAAGGAGAAGAGUUUUGGGGUCUCAGGGACACCGUGGUGAACUGGCCACAGCAAGGUGUUAUGCUUCACUCUCUGUUUCAGCUGUUUAUAAUUCAGCUCGUCGGCCCGUCGGCCAAGGGAGCCAGGUGUAAACUAACUGCUAAAAGUCCUAUGGCGCAUUUCUGUUGUGAAAACUUUCUCAUUAAGAGGAGAUGAAUUUAUGAACACGAAGAUCAGGGUUAAGUCACCUCCAACCACUUAGUGAAUUGUAAUUGAAAGAGCGGAGCGGGAAGCCAAGUGAGGGGCGUCUUUUAAAAGCUUUUAUUUGGUUUAUGUUUAAUUGUGUUACACUUGAGUGUGACUGUUAACAGCAACUCUUUUAAACUUGCCUGUAAUUGUUAAGAGCACGUCUUGUUUAUAGUCGCGGCCUUGUGCAGUAAGACGCGAGAAGUGCAUCUGUCACUUUGCAACUUGAGUGAUCUGACAGCUGAGCUUUAUACUUUUCAUUUACAACCUCGGAGCAGCGGAAGACAUGCAGUACUUUCAUCUUGUCAUUGACAAUGUUAAGAGACUGUUAAAAACCCUUUGUGUAGGUAGCAGCAGCAUCCACCACACACAGUAUCGCAGUUUCUCUGUUGCCGUCUGUCUUAUUUUUGGGGGAUGAAUGAUUUAAUUUUAAUGUCCUUCCAUUAAUAUGUUUUUCUACACUGACUGGUACAGGCUUUUUUUCGUUUGUUUUUUUAGUCAGAAAUCCCCCCUUCUCUCUGUCCCCUUUCUUGCCACCCCAAAGUCCCCCUCCCCAGUCCACCGCCUGUUCCCCUCACGUUUAUUGGACCCAAAUUCGGCUGCCACCAUGGCAACCCGGGCUCCCAGGGAACCUUGCCUGGGUGCAAUCCAAGGUGCCUUCAGGGUGGCACUGGCUGGCGUUGUCUGCGUCAGUGGGCUGUCACCACGGCAGGUUGCUGCGACAAGGCCAGCCCGGUUGUGGCCUGCCUCAGUGGGAGUGCUAGCUCGCUAACCUCCUUUAACUAACUACUAGCUAACAUGACCUGCCAUAUCCGGUGACAGUAGCUGCCGCUUCAACUGCUGCAGGCCUCGGCAACUGCAACGUGGGGGAAGCAGGGGAAGCGUUUCACCAGUACGCAUAUUGAUGUGGCAUGGCUGGGUGCCCAUUGCUGCCUCCCACAUGAAAGAAAACAGGGAGAGAGACGAGAGAGUGAGAGGGAGAAAGAUGGUAUAGAGAUGCGUUUUCAGUGUGUAAUAUAUGAGUAUAUACAUUUAUUUAAACAAUGCUCUUCUCUUGGGGUGUGUAAACAUUCAGCUGCACAUAUUUGGCUCCGCAUGUGUUGCCAAAGCACGUGUAUGAUCUAUAAAUGCAUGAUUAUGAUCUGUGUACAUCAUCAUGCAUCUGUUGAGGCAAUAUGGUUUUAUGACUGAUGCCGACAACCAUCAGUGGCCCAACAAUUCGAACGACAAGUGAAAUUAAAACAUGAUGGUGUAUUGUUUAGUUCUUGUUUUUCUUUUCAGAUUGCAUUUUUUUUCUCCUCCACAAAGUGUGUGACUGUAUGCUUCUGUGUAAGUGCAUGGCUUUGUCUGUACAGUCAUCUGUUUUAUCCUGUUUAAUUGCAAACAAAACAAAUAGGUGACACACAGACUGUUCGUACUUAAUGGGAUGAUAAUGUUAGUGCGAUCCAGAUUGUAUGCUAAAUAGAAAAGGACACUUGUGAAUGGUUGUAUUUAUUUGUGCUUUUUCCAGACAGUGGAAAUCCUGCAACACUUUGGGCACAUUUUCUCUUUGCAUGGAUUGGCACCUGGUGCAUCCACCCACCUUUUUUCCUUCAAACACACACAUACACACAGGCCAAGCGCAAACUGCUGAAACCUAGUCAGUGGGUAGUCUGGUACAGUAGGGAUUCGUGCAGUGCUUAUUCUUACCUCAGCUUUAUCCAGCGAGGCAUUCCUGCUGUGGCACUGUAAACAAUGCAAGGCCCUGCUGACUUAGAGCAUCGUAAGUGGUAACACUUUUCAGGACUAUAUGAAGCCCUGUAUAGUUUCUAUAUAUAACCACUUCAGAGUAACUGUGAUGCUCUUUUUUUGUGGUGCACCUAUAGAGUUUGGACUACAGUUAAAGGCGGGUAGCACAUUUCAGAGGUUCACCCAAUUAAAGCUACAUCCAGAACAUGUUCAGAAGCUAAAAGUAGCUGCGGAAAAGUGACUAAUCGCUUAAAAUUAUGACUAGAAAAAGCAGUUUAGGCAGCACUCCAUUUGGAGACUUUGUAGCCACUCUGAGUGCUCUCCAUGCACUACAUUCCAGCUCUAAACUGCACAGAGUAGUUAAGGGUAGGGCAACACAUUGGCUCUGCAGGGAAGGAACGGAUAUCUCAUCACCCUGCUUUCCUAAACUGUGAGGCGGUAUCCCUAAGUUGCCUUGGGCCAAUCACUGUUAACAGUUGGGCUCCACUUGAUGAAAAUACCAGUUUACAAUUUACCUGGUCUGGGGUUCAGAAGUACUUUACUAGAGGGACUUCUGGGCAGUUUGGGUACAGCUUGGUAUUAAAUCUCUUUGACUGGGUCUUUUAUAUUUUACACCACUCUUUUAUCAAUUUUCCUCUCUCUUUGAGAACAAAGUCAGCGUUUCUUCCUUACUCCUAAGUGAGUUCAGACGGGCCAGAGAGACGGUGCAUUCGUCACGCGAGGUGUGUAAGGAGAUAUGAUGUGUGAUGCAUGACGGUGCAGCGUGCGCGCUCAGAGCUGCCAGCUGGUGUAAAGGGGCCAGAGGUAGAAAGUUUAACAGAGAAAGAAAAGUUUGAGAGUGAAUCAUUUAACACUGUAUAAACUGCAGAUGAAUUAUUGUUAAAUUCCUCCUUCCUUUUCUGAUUCUCUCAUUUUCUGUAGUCUCUUUCUCUCUUUCUCUUCCCUGACCUUAAAUUGAGGGUUAGAUUGAGGAUAGUGACGGGCUAAUGAGCCCCUUUUUCCUGCAAUUACACCCCUCUCUCCUAUUCCCUCUGUCUCUCGCUGUUUCCAUCUCAAGUUCUCUGUUUUAGCAUUGUCUGUUCAUUUUUUUCUUUCAGGCAAAUUAUUCAGUUUCCUUAAUCUCUUCUGUCUCAUGUUUCUCCUUUCCCCAGUUUCCCUUUUUUCCUGUCACCUUCUUAGAAAGUAGUGGUAAAUCAAGAUGGCACUCCAUCUUUUAAGGCGACAUGAUGGUCAAUUAAAGAAAUCUGGUCCUAAUUUGUAGUUGAUUGCUAUCUGAGAUUUUGGAUGGAAACUCAGCUUGUUAAUAAAGAAAAAAUGCAGAA